CCUUUUUCCAGAUCUUAAGGUUUCCCACAUUUUAUCAUCUGGGUCCUCUCCUUAAUGAUUUGAAGAUACUCAAUUCCUAUUUGAUCGGGACUAGAAUUUGGAUUCUGUUUCAGACAGAAGUAGAUUUCCCUGUCUCUUUUCCGUUUGAUUUUCAAUAUUCCGAUAAGAUGAAUCUGGAGGAGCAAAAGAUGGAAUCUGCAUCGGAUCUGGGGAAGCUCUUCAUUGGCGGGAUUUCAUGGGAUACAGAUGAAGAACGACUGCAAGAGUAUUUUGGCAAGUAUGGAGAUUUGGUUGAAGCUGUGAUCAUGAGAGACCGUACUACUGGACGUGCCCGUGGCUUUGGGUUUAUCGUUUUUGCAGAUCCUUCUGUUGCAGAGAGAGUCAUCAUGGACAAACACAUCAUUGAUGGCCGUACGGUCGAGGCGAAGAAAGCUGUCCCGCGGGAUGAUCAGCAAGUGCUAAAACGACACGCCAGUCCAAUGCACCUUAUCUCACCUAGCCAUGGUGGUAAUGGUGGUGGUGCACGGACAAAGAAGAUCUUUGUUGGAGGUUUACCGUCUAGCAUUACUGAGGCCGAGUUCAAGAACUACUUUGAUCAGUUUGGUACAAUUGCUGACGUUGUGGUAAUGUAUGAUCAUAAUACACAGAGGCCAAGAGGCUUUGGCUUCAUCACAUUUGAUUCCGAAGAGUCUGUUGAUAUGGUUCUCCACAAGACCUUUCAUGAGCUAAACGGAAAAAUGGUUGAGGUUAAAAGAGCAGUGCCAAAGGAGCUCUCUUCGACUACUCCUAACCGAAGCCCUCUUAUUGGGUAUGCUAACAACUAUGGAGUAGUCCCUAAUAGGUCAUCUGCUAAUAGCUACUUCAAUAGUUUUCCUCCUGGUUAUAAUAAUAAUAAUCUAGGCUCUGCUGGCCGGUUUAGUCCUAUUGGUAGCGGUAGAAAUGCUUUCUCUAGCUUUGGGCUUGGUUUGAAUCAAGAACUAAAUUUGAAUUCAAGCUUUGAUGGAAACACUCUUGGGUAUAGCCGGAUCCCAGGCAACCAGUACUUCAACAGUGCUUCACCAAACCGUUACAACUCCCCAAUUGGGUACAAUAGAGGCGACUCUGCUUACAACCCAAGCAACAGAGACUUAUGGGGAAACAGAAGUGAUUCUUCUGGUCCCGGUUGGAACUUGGGAGUUUCGGUUGGUAAUAACAGAGGAAACUGGGGACUUUCUUCUGUGGUGAGCGAUACCAAUGGCUUUGGAAGAACCUAUGGGGCUGGUUCUGGACUUUCUGGGUUAUCAUUCUCGGGUAACACGAACGGUUUUGAUGGCUCUAUAGGGGAAUUGUAUAGAGGCAGCUCAGUUUAUAGCGACUCAACGUGGCAGCAGUCAAUGCCUCAUCAUCAGUCUUCUAAUGAGUUAGACGGCUUGUCUCGCUCUUAUGGCUUUGGUAUUGACAAUGUAGGCUCAGACCCAUCUGCCAAUGCCUCAGAAGGUUACCCCCCAAACUACAAUGUCGGAAAUAGACAAACGCAUAGAGGUAUUGAAGCAUAGAAAAAAUCGACGAAGAGAAGUGAGAUUUGUAGAUCAAGAACAGCCAUUUCCGUUGCAGAGUUUGAAGAGUUGUUAUUCAAUAUCAAGUAGAGAAAGAAACCAACUUUCUUCAU